UUUCCUGUCAGUGAUGCAUUUCCUUCCCCAAGAUUUGUCACCCCUCCCUCCUCACCUGCUUGCUCUGAGGUAAACGGACACAGAAGUGCAAUCUGUGUUUUAUCCAUGAUGUUGGCUCACCCCUGGGAGGCACCUGCCAGUGUUGGGUUCUCUCCUGGUCCUGCAUGAAGUUGAAGAGGAAGAGAAGGUGGUAGUUCACCUCUGUGGGACGCUUGCCUUUGACCCGCCGUGCCUCCGUGGAAGGUCCCCUGCGGAGCCCACAGGCUUCUGAGAGAGCCUCGGUGCGUGCUGAGGCUUCACCUUGAGACUAUAGCCUUCGUUUUCCCUUGGUUCGCCAUGGCGCCCUUCCGUCCACUCCUGCUGGCGGGUUUUAGCUUGCCGCUCGCCAAGGCUCUCAAGGACAACGGGACCACCCCAGCCGAGAGCAACUGGACCUCCGCGACCCCAGGCCCUCCGGACCCUAGGGCACCCCAGCCCCUGCUGGCCUGGCUGCUGCUGCCGCUGCUGCUCUUCCUGCUCUUUCUGCUCCUAGCCGCCUACUUCUUCAGGUUCAGGAAGCAGAGGAAAGCGGUGGUCAGCGCCAACGACAAGAAGAUGCCCAACGGGAUCCUGGAAGAACAAGAGCAGCAAAGAGUCAUGCUUCUCAGCAGGUCCCCCUCUGGGCCCAAGAAGUACUUUCCCAUCCCCGUGGGGCACCUGGAGGAGGAGAUCCGCGUCCGAUCGGCCGAUGACUGCAAGAGGUUCCGCGAGGAGUUCAAUUCUCUGCCAUCUGGACACAUACAAGGAACUUUUGAACAGGCCAAUAAAGAAGAAAACAGAGAAAAAAACAGAUAUCCCAACAUCCUUCCCAAUGAUCAUUCCAGGGUGACUUUGAGCCAGCUGGAUGGGACCCCCUGUUCAGACUACAUUAAUGCUUCAUACAUAGAUGGUUACAAAGAGAAGAAUAAAUUCAUAGCGGCUCAGGGCCCUAAACAGGAAACGGUUAAUGACUUCUGGAGAAUGAUCUGGGAGCAGAAGUCUGCGACCAUCGUCAUGUUGACAAACCUGAAAGAAAGGAAAGAGGAGAAGUGCUAUCAGUACUGGCCGGACCAGGGCUGCUGGACCUACGGCAACAUCCGGGUGUGUGUGGAGGACUGCGUGAUUCUGGUGGACUAUACCAUCCGCAAGUUCUGCAUCCAAUCACAGCUCCCAGACGGCUGCAAAGCCCCUAGGCUCGUCUCCCAACUGCACUUCACCAGCUGGCCCGACUUCGGAGUGCCUUUCACCCCCAUUGGGAUGCUGAAGUUCCUGAAAAAGGUGAAGACACUCAACCCAGCACAUGCUGGGCCCGUGGUGGUGCACUGCAGUGCGGGCGUGGGCCGGACAGGCACCUUCAUAGUCAUCGAUGCCAUGAUGGACAUGAUGCACACUGAGCAGAAGGUGGACGUCUUCGAGUUUGUGUCAAGAAUCCGCAAUCAGCGCCCUCAGAUGGUUCAAACGGAUAUGCAGUACACGUUCAUUUACCAAGCCUUACUGGAGUACUACCUCUACGGGGACACCGAGCUGGACGUGUCUUCUCUGGAAAAGCACCUGCAGACGCUGCACAGCACCGCCACCCACUUCGACAAGAUCGGGCUGGAGGAGGAGUUCAGGAAGCUGACGAACGUCCGGAUCAUGAAGGAGAACAUGAGGACAGGCAACUUGCCCGCAAACAUGAAGAAGGCCAGAGUCAUCCAGAUCAUCCCGUAUGAUUUCAACCGCGUGAUCCUUUCCAUGAAAAGGGGUCAAGAAUACACAGACUACAUCAACGCGUCCUUCAUAGACGGCUACCGGCAGAAGGACUAUUUCAUCGCCACCCAGGGGCCCCUGGCACACACGGUGGAGGACUUCUGGAGGAUGGUGUGGGAGUGGAAGUGCCACACGAUCGUGAUGCUGACGGAGGUCCAGGAGAGAGAGCAGGAUAAAUGCUACCAGUAUUGGCCAACAGAGGGCUCAGUGACUCAUGGAGAAAUAACGAUCGAGAUCAAGAACGAUACCCUUUCUGAAGCCAUCAGCGUGCGAGACUUCCUGGUCACUUUCAAUCAGCCCAUGGCCCGGCAGGAGGAGCAGACCCGAGUGGUGCGCCAGUUCCACUUCCACGGCUGGCCCGAGAUCGGGAUUCCAGCCGAGGGCAAAGGCAUGAUCGACCUCAUCGCGGCCGUGCAGAAGCAGCAGCAGCAGACGGGCAACCACCCCAUCACCGUGCACUGCAGUGCUGGAGCUGGGCGAACAGGUACAUUCAUAGCACUCAGCAACAUUCUGGAACGAGUAAAAGCUGAGGGACUUUUAGACGUAUUCCAAGCUGUGAAGAGUUUACGACUUCAGAGGCCACAUAUGGUGCAAACCCUGGAACAGUAUGAAUUCUGCUACAAAGUGGUACAAGAUUUUAUUGAUAUAUUUUCUGAUUAUGCUAAUUUCAAAUGAAAAUUCCUGCCUUAAAAUAUUUUUUAAUUUAAUGGUCAGUAUAUUUUGUAAAAAUCAUGUUAAUUUAUUUCGUAGUUGACAUUAAUAUCCUUCCUAAUUUCUUUGUAUAUAUUUUGUUAUGCUUUGAAGGCAACCUGCUAUAAAGUUAUUAAAUCUUAAAUACCCCUUUUAAAAACUGAAAUCAUGUAUUAAGGUCAAGUACUAUCCCAUAAAAUAUGUCUUUCUGCUAAUAUCGCUAACUAUUUUCAUUUUCAUUAGAUUCAUAUCAUUUAACUUCACACAUUCAGCUCCUCUAAAUGUUACAAAUCUUAAUAUGCCACGUGUGCUUAUGCAAGAUUCUAAACAAAGUUCAUUGUCAAGAAAACAGUCAAGGACUCAGAAAUCAGUUGAAAAUUCACUUUCCUAACACUGAUUUUAUAGCCCUGAGCAGCAGCAUUUUUUCUGAAGUCAAACUGUUCAUGAAGAUAUAAUGUAAACAGGGAAUUUUCUAAAGUCCUCAGUGUCAACCUAUGUGGUUUAUCUUUGCAUUUUGAAGAUCAGAGACUUUACAACCUGAAUCCUGGUCUGAAACAGAUGAGACUAGUUAGUGACUGUACAGUGAUACUUAAACAUGCAAUAUUCAAGGCCGUGUCCGUGCCACCUUGGCUAGAUGACAAGAGAUGUCAAUGCCAGUGGCCCAGUUCGCCCAUGGCCUUGGGUACAGCUAAACUAGCUAUUGGAGCUGCGCUCCCACGGCACCACUGGCUGUCCAUCUGUCUGUCUGUCUGACUCAGAUAACCCUCUGAGAAUCAAACCAGCUGCAUUUCUCACCCUCCCCUUUCACCCUGCCGCAGCUGCCCGUGCUGGUCCAGAGCUGUGCCUACAGGCUCAACACAAAACCACUUCCCAUUCCAAACGUUCAGAUAAAGUCGAACGUCUGACACACACAGGAGCAAGAAGCACACGCUUGGGUAGAAACAGAAGGGCAGCCGCCAGCAAUUAUGCUUUAAACUUUCUGAGAAGCAUUUUGGUAUUUAAAGAUCUCUUGUAAAAGCUAAGAUUGUUUGUAAGAAAAGAAAUCUUAAAAUCUAGAUUUAUACAGCUUUUUUUUAAAGUCCCACUCCUCAAUAUUUAAUAAAAGAAAAAGAAAGAGAAAUCCUUAAUCUAGAGACUAACUUAUUUUUGAAUGGAAGUCCUACUGAGACUUUUGACACUGGAUGAUAACAAUCCCACUGCCAGACAGGAUUGGCUUAUGGGGCAAAAAGAGGGGAGGGAUGAGUAUAGAACAGUGAUCCUUCUAUGGCCACUAGGUACCUAGCAGAUGAGCACAAUGUUUUGGCAACAUCUGGUCUGCUUACUGAAAGCAUCUAACCUGUGCAUUUUUGGUACAUUUUUUGCUUUUUAAAAGAGAUAUAAAGGCCUUAUUUGACAUUUCCACUGGUAACCAAUUGCACCCUCCUAUUGCACUGUUUAUCCUGUGUUCAUGUCUAGUGUGCACAAACGCAACCCCAGGGUAGGCUGCGUUCUAAUAGGCUCGCAGAUUAUCAAGCUUCUGUCACCCCUUGAGCCCCACCCAAGGGCAAGAGGAGGCACCCAGCUGGAAGGACAAAGCACAACUUUGUGACCACCGCCAUCCCGCCAGCUGCUUCCCUGGGCUGCACACUCACGCAACGCGUGCCCCUCUCCUUCUCGGUACAAUGAGUAUGCAUUUGGGUCAAAGAGGAAAAUGCAGCGAGUUUUGCAACAUGCACCAGUUGGUCCCAUUUGUUUCAAUUGUUAAAAUUCCAAGCCCAAGGCCUUUCUUUGACUAGAGGAGAAGAGAGAAGUGAGCUUUUGUUCUGCAGCAAUCCAGAAACAGAGCCACUCGUUGUGAUGAAGGCAGCUAGUCUUUAUUUGAGGGGUCAAAGUCAAAGUCAGGGGGCAUGGGUUUAGGUCUGAAUUUAGGCGACCUUCAUCAGAAUCCUUCAGGCCCUUCAAUGGUCUUAACUGGCAUCUCUUGUCUCGAGAUUAAGGUAGACUUUCUCAGGGGUGAACUCGGCAAAGUGCCCCAUUUGUGUGUUCUGCUGCCUUGGCCGUCCACCAGUGUCCUCUACAAGCAUCCUGGCAUGCGAUUUGGGCCCUCCAGGUCCAGAAACAAAGCAGAAGCCACCGUCCCUUGGACACCGGCCCCUCCUCCCCACUUGGGCACAGCACUUGCCUUUCUAGGAGGGUCCUGGAUUGCAGGCCUCAUGGCCUCUGCCAAGGCUCCCUCAGUUCCAACAGUCUCGGUGGGCAAUCGGGGACGCACUAUCCUGUCUGUGCAACCCAGAAAGUUGAUCUGUUCUUCCCCUUCAGUCAAAGAAAGUCCAUUGUACAUAAGAAAACAGCGCCACACGUACAAGGUCAUUUUUCCUUCCACAUUUUUCUAUGUUGCAUGCAGCUGCAUUCAAAUGCCAAAUAGCGAUUGGAAGACGACCAUUCUGAUCUAUGUGCUUUAUUGGUCACUAUGUGACUCUAUGGUUUCUCUCCAUGUGCUCUACGAAUGAAGAAUGCGUACCAGUGUUUUAAAAGGUAUUUUUAUGUGUUUUUAAAAACUUUUUAAAAUGAGCCUGACACAUCUGUUUCAGCAUUUGGAGACAUGUCCAUGUUAUUUUUUUAAAUCUAUGAUUACUGAUACUUUUGUUUAACUAAGUUGUGUUUAAUUUAUGUGCAAUCUUUAUAAUAUAUGUAUGUAUUCUGGUUUCAACUAUCAUUUUCUUUUAUUACAUUUAUAAUUUGAUCUUGCUCUGAUUAUAAUGCCAGUGAAUGUUGCUGAAUUCUUUGUAUAUGCAAAUUGCAAGAUCUAAAACAUUCUGAUGCAAGGAUAAAUCUUACUUUGACUUCCAGCCUGCUUCUCUUUCUUCAGUGAAAUCUCUUAAUUUCAUUCCUGUGUCUUAAGUCCUUUUAAACAAGACAUUCAUUAGGCGGUAAACAUUGGUUUAUAGAGACAAUUAAUUUUAGGACCUCUAAAAUUUAGCUCAUACCGGGCAUAGAAGCAGCCCCUGAGGCUUGAGUAGACAUGGUGGCCAACUGGGCUGGCCCCAGCUCUCAGCUGGCCUUCAGAAGGCAUGAGCUGUGCAUGAAGCACUGAGUGAUAACUCCCCCUUCAGGGAGCCCAUGUUCCCGCUAGAGUGCAAACAGGGCACUGAGCCAUGAGCACUGGUUUCUCGGAAUCUCCAGGGAAGAUGACAGCAUGCUAGAUGUCCACGGCCAGGUGGAAUCAGAAAGUCCUUCUAACAGUUGUGUUCCUGCUAAAAUCUAAAACCAUAUUAGGUCUCCUUUUGCACAUCUUUACGUCUCUGGGUAUCCCCAACUCUCCCUCCACCACUUCCCCCCUCCCCUCCCUUCCCUGCCCCACACACCGGCUUCCUCCUUCAGACAUUCUGGGCCUCAUGUGGAAGUUAACAUAUGCUUUUUAUCAUUUGUUGUAUUUAUUUAAUAAAUUUUAUGAGCCUUGUUAUAUUUGUUAAAA